AUGAUAUGUUAUGGCAUAUACCUUAGGCAUGUGCUUUUUUUUUCUCUUCGAAAUGUUGUUUGUUUCGGAGGUAAAGGUGAUGAUGAUGAUGAUGAUGAUGACGAUAGUGAUGAUAAUAAUAAUGAUAAUGAUAAUGAUCAUGAUGAUGGUGAUGAUAUGUUUGGAGUUGUUGCAAAGGUGAUUCAUCAUUAUUAG